AUGACUCGUCACGAAAUUGUCGAAGUUCCGGAAACACCAAAUUUGAACCAAGAUAAUUCCUCCCGGAAUAAUCCUUUACUUUAUAUUCGUACAUCCAUCAAAGAGAGAGCAUUACAUAUAAAGAAGAAUACGUCUCUAUCGGAAUUAAGUGGUAGCCUUGGAGAUUUAGGCACUUUACUUCCAAUCUUAGUGACUCUUUCAAUCAAUGGGCAAAUUUCUUUGACUUCAUCGCUUAUAUUUGGAGGUCUAUGGAAUAUCGUUAGUGGUUGGAUGUUUCGAAUCCCCAUGUGUGUUCAACCAAUGAAGGGUGAAGUCAUGUCGGCAGGACUUGGCGUUGGGUUUAUGAUUUUUAUUCUUGGCAUCACUGGAACUAUUAAGCUCAUCGAAAAAUGGACACCCGUUCCAAUAAUCAGAGGUAUUCAAUUAGGAGCAGGCAUGACUUUAAUCAUAAAAGCUUGCGAUAUGGUUCGAAAAAGUGGUAGUUGGGGUGGUAGAUCUUGGAAAUGGAAUGAUAAUUAUGAAUGGGCUAUUUUAUCAUUCAUAUUCGUAUUUGUAUUUUAUUCAUCUAAAAAGAUACUUACGGCAUUAAUCCUAUUCAUUAUUGGGCUGACAAUUGCACUUAUAAAAGUCUUUAAAUCUAGUAGUACUUUACCAUCAAUCUCAUUUAAUUAUCCUGAAACUAUUGUUCCAACCCCAGCAGAAUUUAAAACCGGAUUUCUUAGUGCAUCUCUUGGCCAACUUCCACUGACAUCCCUCAAUUCUGUUAUUGCAUUGGCGGCAUUAGCUAAAGAUUUGUUUCCUGAACGAUCCUCAUUAAAUACUGUUGGCAGAAUUUCAGUUUCUGUCGGACUUAUGAACAUUAUUGGAUGUUUUUUCGGUUCUGUCCCAUAUUGUCAUGGAUCAGGUGGACUGGCUGGACAAUACCGUUUCGGCGCAAGAUCCGAAGUUAGCGUACUGGUUUUGGGAUUUUUUAAAUUGAUCCUGGGAAUAUUAUUUGGAAAAACUUUAACCAAUCUUUUAAAUUACUUCCCCAACUCAAUACUUGGUGUAAUGCUCUUUGUCUCAGGAGCGGAAUUAUCAUCCGCUGCACGAAAUUUCAUGAAUUUAUCUGAUCGUGACGAUGAUGAGAAAAAAAAGAAGAAUUUUACUCUGGUGAUCGUAACAGCAGGAUUAUUGGUCGGCUUCCAAAAUGAUGGAAUUGGGUAUAUUGGUG